ACAAGAGUAAAGGAAGAAUCCCUACAAAAUAGCAAAACCAAGCAUGAACCUAGAAUACAUUGUUAAAAACUCAACAAAAAACCAACUGCAGUUAUUAGUAGCCAGCAAGCAACAUGAUAAGUUUACAAUUUGUAAAGAACAUCUCUUGAGAAACUGAAAUGGACAUAACAUGAAAAAGCUUUCCAACUAUGGAUAUAAACCUCUUUUCUUCUUCCCAUCACUGCCAAACAAAAUCUCUCAACCUUUGCAGUUCUCUUCUCCUAUUCGUUACCGAAAACCCCUUUUCACUCAUACCCUUUUCCCCAUUGAUCACUUUUUUAUUACAUAUGGGAAAGUUCAACUUUGUGCUUACACUUCCCCUGCCACCCACCAAUUGCUUGACAAAAUGCCUCAAAGAAGAAUUCAAGAUUUCAAGAAUGGCAAAGGGCAUGAGAUCUUUGAACUUGUUAACAUGGUUAAAGAAAAGCCUGAUAUCUUAAGUGUUUCACAAGUACAUGGCUUAAAGCUUAAAGUAGGCAUGCUUGCUUAUUUGCCCACUGUCACCACUCUCCUCAUUAUCUACUCAAAAACCAAGAAUUUUAGCUCUUCAUUGACACUCUUUGCUGAAAUUAUCAAUAAAGAUGUGGUUACCUGGAAUGCUAUCAUGACAGCAUGCGUAAAGAACAAUUUUUUUGGAUUUGCAGUGAAAUUCUUUGCUGAAAUGGUGAAUGAAGGAAAGCAGUUUGAUUCUGCCACGCUUGUUAUUGUCAUUUCUGCAUUGUCUAAAAUGAGAGAUUUGAGAAAGGGAUUGGUUGUUCAUUGUUUAAGUAUGAAAAUGGGAAUGCUUUCGGAGUCAAUUUUAGGAAAUGCCCUGAUUGAUUUUUAUGCAAAAUGUAGUAAUUUGAGCUCAUCGGAGUGUGUGUUUCUCGAAAUAGAAUGUAAAGAUGUUGUUUCCUGGAAUUCAGUUAUUAGUGGCUGUCUUUAUAAUGGUCAUCCUGAGAAGUCUUUGUUGUACUUCAAACAUGUGGGUAAUUUGGAAAAGGGUGCUGAUAGUGUGAGUCUCUCUUGUGCUAUUGCUGCUUCUGCAUGUUUAGAUGAGUUUGGUUGUGGUCAGGCUAUUCAUGGAUGGGGUAUAAAGCUAGGAUAUGAAGACAGAUGCCACCUUUCAGUGGAAAAUUCUCUCAUUUCAUUGUAUUCCCAAUCUGGGGACAUUGCUGCUGGUGAAUAUGUCUUUAAUAGAAUGGAGUAUAGGGAUAUAGUAACAUGGAAUUCAAUGAUAAGUGGAUUCAUUUUGAAUGGAAACGUCAGUGAUGCAUUUGAUUAUCUUCAUGAAAUGCAGUACACUAGGACCAUAGAACCGGAUGCUGUGACAUUAAUUUCCAUUAUUCCUCUAGUUGCGGAAUUCUUGCUAUUGAGAGAAGGGAAAGCUAUUCACGCCUUUACCAUCCGGAGAGAGAUGGGAGCAGAACUCUCGAUGAUGAAUGCUCUCAUGGAUAUGUAUUUUAACUGCGAAAGGGUCAAGGACGCUGAGCAGCUUUUCUUAAAUAUGCCAAAGAAAGAUCUAGUUUCAUGGAAUAUCAUACUCUCUGGGUAUUCCCAGAAUGACCAGUGUAGAGAAGCUCAGUCGUUGCUUAAGAAGUUCCACACUGGGAACUCAGAAUGCAGCCUGUCGACUCUUCUGGGAAUUCUUCCUGCUUGUGAUUCCCCCAACUCAAUUCAAUUUGGAAAGUUGAUCCAUUCGUGGGAGGUGAAGUUGGGAUUUGUAAAUAAUAUCAUCUUAGUAAAUUCGUUGAUGUACAUGUAUAUUCGUUGUGGUGAUCUAGUAUCUUCUUUCAAAUUGCUGGAGGAGAUAGCUUAUACUGCUGAUGUGGAUAGCUGGAGUACUGUAAUUUCGGGAUGCACACAGAAUGGCCACUUCUGGGAAGCUUUAAAUGCUUUCAAGUUAAUGAGACUCAAAUCAAAUAUCAUCCAUGAUACUAUUACUCUAGUCAAUAUCAUACCAGCAUGUGGAAAUCUUGAAUUGACAUGUGAAGGAAAGUCAAUUCAUGCCCUAACUUUAAAGACCUCAGCUGGUCAAGAUAUUCGUGUGCAGAAUGCUCUCAUUACUAUGUAUGGAAAAUUGAGUGAUGUGGAAAGUGCAAGGUCAGUGUUUAAACUUUGCUUUCAUCGUAACUUAUGCUCUUGGAACUGCAUGAUAUCCACUUUAGCUCAGAAUAAAAAUUCUAAAGAAGCAAUAGAAUUUUUCCGUUUGCUUGAGAUUGAACCAGAUGAGAUCACCAUGGCUACCAUUCUUUCAGCUUGUCGUCAACUUGGAAUUAUUAGACAUGGGAAACAGAUCCAUGCACACCUCAUCAGAUCUGGUUUUCACAAAAAUGCUUUUGUAUCAGCUGCUCUUGUGGAUAUGUAUAGCAGCUGUGGCAGGUUAGACAUUGCUCGUCAGGUAUUCCAGAGUUCAGCAGAGAGAUCUAUUGCAGCUUGGAAUUCAAUGAUUUCUGCAUAUGGUUUCCACAGCAAUGGCGAGAAAGCAAUUGGCAUCUUUCAUGAGAUGAUUGAUUCAGGACUCACUCCAUCAAAAGUCACGUUUAUCAACUUAUUAACAGCUUGCAGCCACACAGGGCUUGUUGACCAAGGCUUCUGGUAUUACAAUCAUAUGCUUGAUGAGUACGGAGUUCAAUGUUCCACAGAGCAUCAUGUCUGUGUGGUUGAUAUGUUAGGCCGAUCAGGAAGGCUGCACGAGGCAUAUAAUUUUAUAAACGAGCUUCCAAGCCCCCCUGAUCCAGGAAUCUGGGGUGCUUUGCUCAGUGCUUGCAAUUAUCAUGGUGAUGUUCAAUUAGGGAAAGAAGUAGCAAGUAUACUGUUUUCGUUGGAACCUGAGAACGUCGGGUAUCAUCUUGCAUUAUCCAACAUAUAUGUUGCUACUGGAAGCUGGAAGGAAGCUGGAGAGUUGAGGGACAUUGUUCAUAUAAAAGGCUUAAAGAAAUCUGCUGCUUACAGUUUUAUUGAUGUUGGCUCCACCUGAAACAUCAUGAAGGGGACCUCAUGCAAAAGUUUAACUUCUAGUUACAAUUGAUCUUUUGCAACCUUUUCGAGAUAUUAUCUGAAUGGUAUUUCUUUCCUGUAUUACAAAUACUUCACACGGUACGUAAAGAAAGUCGUUACAAUUGAUCUUUUGCACCCUCAACUUGGUCAUUGAUCCUUGAAAAUACUUUCACUAAAUC